ACCAUGUCUUCCUCCAUCAAAAUUGAAUCUGUUGUGAAGGAGAAGAACAGGAUGGGAGAGUGCCCCGUCUGGGAAGAAAGGGAGAACGCACUUGUCUAUGUAGACAUUAACUCACAGAAAGUUUGCCGCUGGAGCCCACUCACCAAUGAGGUACAGAGUGUGUCUGUAGAUGCCCGCGUUGGCUCGGUGGCAUUGCGGCAGUGUGGGGGCUACGUCAUUGCCCUGGGGACCAGGUUUGCCUUUCUGGACUGGGACACCCAGGUGGUCACCACCAUCCUCGAGCUCGAGCAGGAUAAACCCAACAACAGGUUCAAUGACGGGAAAGUGGAUCCAAAGGGGAGGUUUUUUGCUGGUACGAUGGCUGAAGAGACAGCACCGGGGGUCCGAGCGCGGCGGCAAGGCGCUCUCUAUACCCUUUUCCCCGACCAUUCGGUAAUAAAACAGUUAGACCAGGUGGACAUCUCCAAUGGUCUGGAUUGGUCCCUGGACCACAGGACCUUCUUUCACAUCGACAGCCUGGCAUAUGCUGUGCAUGCCUUCAGCUAUGAUGUGCACACUGGAAAGAUCGCCUGCCCCAAACUUCUGUACCAUCUAGAAAAGGAGGAGCAAAUGCCUGAUGGGAUGUGCAUUGAUGCAGAAGGGAAGCUCUGGGUGGCCUGUAUUGAUGGUGGGAGAGUAAUUCGUAUAGACCCAGAAACAGGAAAAAGAAUCCAAACUGUGAGGCUACCUACUCCGAGGAUCACCUCUUGCUGCUUUGGCGGAAAAGACUACUCAGAAAUGUAUGUGACUUCUGCAUAUGAUGGUCUGGAUGAGGCCACCUUAGCCAAGGAACCUCACGCAGGAGAGAUUUUCAAGAUAACGGGCCUGGGUGUGAAAGGGAUCCCACAGAAUUUCUAUGCUGCUUGAACAUUGAUACUAAAUAACAAGGAAGAAAUGCUUGCGUCUUGUAGUAAUUCUGACAAGAAGUCUAAUGAACUGCAGAAUUUAUCUGUGUGAGGAUUUCUAAAUCCACAUUUAAGACCAUGCUUGUUUGGAAUUGAAGAUAUUCCAUGUUCUGUGGGCCCGUGGCAUGAUGCAAUAGGUUAGAGAGCUAAAGUUAAUCUGUGGUACACUUGAUAGUUUUUGUGACUUCCCGUAAGCCUCUUGAAGCUUGAGCUUAGUUUUGUUGAACUUUCUGAUGACCAGCCCUGGACUUUCAGCUCUGUGGUUCUCGAAGCAGAAUCUGACUCCUGGCUUGUCUUUUCAUGUUACAGUGAUGUACCAGCAAUGAUAUGGCAGAUUUUAAUAAAUAUUUUAAGAGUGAUGACUUGAACUGGACUGCUCCUCUGCUAUGUGACUCCCCCUGAGGUGUUUUCUUGGUGAGCAGACUUAUUUGUAGUAUUCAGACUCCAUUUUUACAUCCUUGCUAGCCCAUUUCCAUUUGCCUUGUCAUGAAUGCUUCUGUCUUGUCUUUAGGACACCAUUUGUGCUGUUGAAA